AUGAAAUUUGUCUUUUUUCAAAAGAGUAGAAAAAUGUAUAAGAAUAUUAAAGAUAAUACUGAAAAUAAGAUUGAUGAAAAAGAUGAAAAAGUUAUAAUUAGAUUAAAAAGAAAAGUAGAAGAAACUACCAUUCCAUCAAUUUAUGUAAAAAAAUCAAAUAAAAGAAUAUGCAAUGGAAUAUUUUAUAAGCAUAUUGAUACUAUAUUUCCAGAAGAAGAUACUGAUAAAAAAAAUGUCGAUUGUAUUAAUCUUUUUUUAAAAUAUGAACAAUUAAAUUGUAACGCCUACACGCAAUUUUUAGAAAAAAAGAGAAAAUUUAACUCUUUAAAAAAUUAUGAAAAAGAUUUAAAGGGUACCAUAAAUAGUUUAAAAAAAUUCAAAAUAGUAAAUCAAAAUAUUCAAUAUGUUAAUUUAGAUGGAGAGAAAAAAGGAACAUUUAAAAUAAUUGAUAUAGAUUUACAUAAAAAUAUAAAUGAUAAUAUCGAAAGUGUAGAAAAAGAAAAAAACAAGGAAGGAAAAUAUAUGAAAGAGCAAGAUUACGAAUAUGAUUUAUAUAUUCUAGAUAAUGAAAAAUUACAGUUAGAUAAUUAUAUGGAUUACUUAUACAACAUAAAAAAUAAUAACGUUGAUCCAUCAGAAGUUGUAGUGUUAGAAGAUAUAUAUGGCAGUAACAGUGAAGAGUAUGAAAUGUAUUCAUAUACAUCUUCUUUUGAUAGUAAUUCAAAAAAGGAAAUGUCAGAUUAUCCUGAUGAAAGCUCAUGUAAUAGAAAUGAUACAAGUGAAUGUAGUGAUUAUUUUGAUGAAAACAUUUAUAAUGAUGAUUAUGAUAAAAAUGAAAAUAUAUAUAAUGAUGAUUAUGAUAAAAAUGAAAACAUUUAUAAUGAUGAUUAUGAUAAAAAUGUAAAUAGUGAUGAUCGUGAUCAAAAUAUGAACAACGAUAAUCAUGAUUAUAUUACAUAUAGCGAUAAUUUCAAUGAUAGCAAUUGUAGUGAUGAUUAUAAUGAAAGCAUAAAUAGUGACAAAUGUAAUAUGAAUGUGUCUGAUAAUGGUGAACAAGGAAAUUUUAGAAAUAUUGAAAGUUAUAUUCACAAAAAUAAUCCUUUGGAAUAUAAUAUUUAUAAACAUAAUUUCAAAAAAAAGAAUGAAAAUAAAAUAAGUACUUAUAAUAUAAAAAUGAAUUCCUUAUCCUUUGAAGAAAAAAUAAAAGAUGAAUUGAAGAAACGAUUAAAAAAAAAAAAUGGAAAUUUAUUAAAUGUGGCAUUAUCAGAUAAAUUAAAGAUUUUAGAGCAAAUGGAAAAUGAAUAUUAUAAUGAAUAA